AUGGCAAAAGUUGGGCAAGACGCCGCCAUCACCACUCAGCGCAUCGUUCGCUUUCCCAAGCCUACGCCAUUCUCAGUAGGCUCCUUCACCGUCCCAUCUGUGGUAGCGCCAGAGACUUCCGUAUCGCGCUUUGUUCGAGGCCGUCGAUAUCCAUCAGCACCGCGGUUUCGUUCACUCCAUACUACACGUCAGCUUGCGCAGGCUGCAAAUCCACCGCCGACACCUGGAAGCACACCGGCCGACCAUAAUGCCAACAAGAAGACGGCCGACGGGACAGCCACGGCGGAGCAACAGACGGAAGCUGCGAUAAUAAACGAAGACCCAGAUAUUCUUGCACAGAAGCUUCAGAGAUCACGUGAAACGGUGCGAAGAUACUCGGCAGCUCUGCGACGUCAACAGCGAGGGAAGAAGGCCGACGGUCUACCCCCCGUGCACAUUCCCAAUUGGUUUCUCAAGAGGAGGGUCAUACGACAUGAGGACCAAUUGAAGGAUUGCAACGAUUCGAAAGGGCUACCACUGCUCUCCAUUACCUUGUCUCACAAUGAUUCUGGUGAGCAUGCUACAUGUUCCAUCCCAGCCGGCAUCGAGCUCGAUGCGCCUCAGGUAUUGGCACGAUUAGUCCGCGCAUUGUGGGGUCAGCGGUUAGAUGCACCGGAGAGAUUGAGACUCGAAAAGUACUUGUCUGAGCGGAUGGAGCUGGCCGAUGAGACAGCAAGCCCAGACGUACAAAUACAAGAGGACGAUGCGGCAAGCAAGACUCAUUCUACACCCGACACCGCGACUACAACAACCGACAAUAAAGAGGAACAGUCGAUAUCCGAAUCCAGGCCUUCCACCAGUGAAGAUGGUAAUCUGUUGAAUGCUGCGAAAACCUUGGGUCAAAUUCUUCACAGUCCGAACGUACCAACUAGCAAAUUUGAGAAGGCGUCAAAGCGAAGAGCAGUCGCGAAGGCUCGUGAUACUGGCCGCACAAAGCAAUUAUCUCCCCUCAUCGCGGCGGAGAUCCGAGCGACGAUUGCAGCUUCUCUCUCCACCUCACAGCCAGCAGCCGGAGACUCGUUUCCAUCUACCAAAACGAAUGUGAUACUACAGGCACCCACCGCUGAGCAUGAGGCUAUGGUCGACCAGUGCGUUUUCACCAAUGCCUUGGAACUUGGAUCAGAUGUAAUUGUCCUCCAGGCCCUGGAUCUCGCGCAAUUGGCUGGUGACUAUCUGGGGGAAGGUCCCGAACCAUCACCACAUUCCAUACGUUCACUGGGUUAUGAGACCUAUCGCUUGAGUUCAGACCUAGAGAUUUCUGUUCAAAAUGUAGAAGAGGGCGCUCAGGACGAGUCCGAGACCAGUCAACCUCCUAUAUUUAUAGCAGCACCAGCAGCGCCUCACCCAUUUACCUUCCCUUCAGGCCAAUUGCCACCCAUGUUCAGAAAAGUAAUCAUCCAGGAUAUUGACAGUAUUCGCUCUCUUGCUUCAAGCACACCAUCCAGCGGAGCCCAUGAUGAGCCUGCGCGUACGCAAAGUCAAAAUGAUCUUCAACUAGAAGAUAUCAAAAUCGCAAACCUCCUUGAAGCUUUGAUCGAUGCCAACGAGUCUAAACAGAAUCGCGGAAUCGUUGGUAGUGGUUCUUACCAAUCAUCCCAUAUUGCCAGCCAAUCCCACAAGCCGUCAAGAACCCCGGCAUUUUUUGACUAUUCGAUGGGCUCCGACGACACAGCAUUGGAGCUCAACUCGAUAGUGUCGGCCAGUGCAAAGGACGACGUGAAUUUUGUUUUGACAGCCGGCUCAGCCGCAGCGGCACCCAAAGCACCGGGCAAAUCCAAGUUGAUUUAUGUCAGAGACUUCAAGGAACUGAAUGCUACACAUUACGGUGGCCGGAUCCUGCAGAAGUUAGAAGAGGUUGUGCGCAGACGACGUGUCGCUGGUGAAAGAAUCAUGAUCAUUGGCAGUACUUGUUCCCGCGACCUGAUGCCAGAACUCUCCCGAGGUGCUGCUCGCGAUGUACAAAGUGAGGGUGGAGGUAGCCCUUUCCGGACUAUCGUGGUCACGCCUGACACCGCUGAUAGCUUUAUUGCUCUCGAAGAAUCUGUGGCUGCCGCUGGUGCCGACUCAACCCCUGCAUUGCCUUUGACCUCUGAGAAGACCAAAUGUCAACGCAUCAACGCGCUGCAUAUACAAAACAUGCUCCGCUCUCUAGAUCCUGUAGCUGCCGCCAACAUCUCAGACAUGGAUCAUGGGCCCCGAAGCUUUCGUGCAUGGGCAUCGAUACUCUCUUCAUCUCAUUUCCAAAGAAUCUUGACGUAUGACGAAGUGCAUCGCAUAGCACUUACGGCGCUGGGGCUCCUUGUGACAGAUCGAGCAAGGGCAAUCGCAUCUGAAAAUACCAUCCAUCAACUCAACUGGGCUCAUGUUGCGCUGGCCCUUGCGUUACUUGAAGCCAGCGAUGUUUCCAAGGCCGUUUUUCUUGAUGCCUUAAAGGCACAGAGAACAACACCUCGAACCCUUGCAGAGGCAAGGGAGAUGAUUAUGGCUCGAGCGCGAGGCAAAGCAGGAAAGAAUUUGGAUGAUGCAAGCAUUAAACGGCAACGUGAUCUCGCACAAAUUGCUGCGACUGCUUCGAAAUACGAGAAGCGCCUAAUGCCAGGCAUCGCAGACCCCGAUCAGAUCAAGACCACCUUUGAUCAAGUCCACGUGCCCAAGGAAACUGUCGAAUCCCUGCGAACCAUAUCUUCUUUGUCACUGCUGCGGCCAGAGGCCUUUAGCUAUGGUAUUCUUGCGACUGAGAAGAUAUCCGGUGCGCUACUGUACGGUCCCCCAGGGACUGGUAAGACUUUACUCGCCAAGGCGGUCGCGAAGGAAAGCGGUAGUACCGUUUUAGAAGUUUCGGGAAGCCAGAUCAUGGACAAAUAUGUCGGUGAGGGUGAGAAGAACGUUGCGGCAGUCUUUUCGCUUGCGCGCAAGCUUUCUCCUUGCAUCGUGUUCCUCGACGAGGCUGAUGCAGUCUUCGCGUCGAGAGAUGCCAUGCGCGAACGAACGUCACAUCGCGAUAUCCUCAAUCAAUUUCUGAAGGAGUGGGAUGGACUCAACGAUCUUACCGUGUUCGUCAUGGUAGCGACCAACCGGCCGUUCGAUCUCGACGACGCAGUCAUCCGCAGAUUACCCAGGCGACUACUGGUUGACCUACCCACCCAAGCGGACAGAAAGGAAAUUCUACGGAUUCAUCUUGCCGGCGAGCAGCUAGAUGAUUCAGUCGAUCUGGAAGACUUAGCCAAGCGCACCCCGUUCUACAGUGGCAGCGAUCUCAAGAAUGUCGCCGUGUCUGCCGCGUUAGCCUGCGUCAAGGAAGAGAACGAACAAGCUGCCCUCGCUGCCGCAAAAAUCCCCACUGCUGCAGAAUCACCAUCUUCAUCGUCGCUCCCAUCAGAAGCCAAUACCGAGCCCACCACGUCUUCCUCUACUCCAGCCCUCACGCCCACCACGCCCGCGCCCACGCUCACGCCCACGAACCCGCCCCAGCUCGUUCGUGGCCAAUCCUACAAUUUUCCCGAAAAGCGCACGCUGCAUGCCCGCCACUUUGACAAGGCGUUGCAAGAGAUCAGCGCUAGUAUCUCUGAAGACAUGUCUAGUCUCAGCGCGAUCAAGAAAUUCGACGACCGGUAUGGUGAUCGCAAGGGGAAUAAGCGGAGAAAAGACUUUGGAUUCGGUGUCUUGUCACAACGCGAUGACAAUGCGGCGAGGGUCAGGGUCUAA